UGUCACUAUCAUAAGCGAUUUGGUGGCACACGUACAAAUAAAUGCUGAAACUGUAUUUUGCGGUGGAAUUUAAGUAAAUAACUAAAUAACACAUUAAUUAAAGUAUUUACAAGCAAAAAUGCAAGGGCCAGCGGUUUUUAUGGACAUAUCGCUUGAAGAUCAAGCACUAGAAUUAAGAAAAUAUUUCAAAAGUCUUGGCGCUGAAAUAUCAGAGGAGAAGUCUCCAAAAGGCAUUGAAGAUGAUUUGCACAAAAUAGUUGGAGUAUGUGACGUGUGCUUCAAAGAAAAUAAUGAGGCUGAUAUUGAAGCGAUUCUAAAUAGUAUUGUGUCUAUUAUGGUUUCAAUUCCAUUGGAGAGAGGAGAAAACCUUAUCUUGGCAUUUAGUCAAAGGCUAACUAAAUCACCUGGACCAAAACUUGGUGUGGUUGCAUUGCAAUCCUUGUGGCGCCUCUACAAUAAUUUAGAAGCCAAUUCUCCCCUGCGGUACCAUGUGUACUAUCAUGUAAUUGAAUUGGCGGCACGUGUAAGUUCAGUUGGUGAAGUAUUUAAGGGAGUGGAUCAAUUAAAAAGGGAAUUUGCUAGCUGCCCUCCCUCUAAUGAACAAAUGCAAAAACUCUACAGACUGUUACACCAAGUGCUAAAAGAUCAAAACAGUGAACUGGCUUCAAAAGUGAUGAUUGAAUUACUUGGUACUUAUACUGAUGAAAAUGCUUCAUAUGCAAGAGAGGAUGCCAUUAAGUGUAUAGUAACAGCUCUUGCCGAUCCUAACACAUUCCUAUUGGACCCACUGUUGUCACUUAAACCUGUGCGUUUCUUGGAAGGCGAGCUUAUUUAUGACUUGCUUACUAUAUUUGUUUCGGAAAAAUUGUCGAGCUACCAAACUUUUUAUAACAAUCAUAAGGAGUUUGUACAGUCUCAAGGUUUAAAUCAUGAACAAAAUAUAAAGAAGAUGAGGAUAUUGUCCUUCAUGCAAAUGGCGGAAUCAAAUUCGGAAAUUACUUUUGACGAAAUUAUAUCCGAAUUGCAGAUUGAAGAGAAAAAUGUAGAAGCUUUUAUAAUUGAAGUCCUGAAAACGCGCCUGGUGCGCGCGCGCAUGGACCAGGCGGCGCGCUCGGUGCGCGUGUCCAGCACCAUGCACCGCACGUUCGGCCACGCGCAGUGGCAGCAGCUGCGCGACGUGCUGCUGGCGUGGCGCGCCAACGUGCAAAACGCGCACGAGUCCAUGAAGUCCGUGGCCGCCGCGCAGAUCGAGUACACCGUGCAGCAGCAGAAGCCCUGAGCCCCAACCCUUACUAUACUGUACUACUAUUGUAUUAUAUUUUAUCUAUUUGGAGAAUAAAGCGAUUAUAGUCAAAUGCUUCCGUUGUCAGUCAAGUUACUUUAUUGACAUAUAACAAUAUGAAAGUCGGUAAUCUUAGCCGAGUGUGCGUAUGGAUGACUCGACUGUAGUUGUUCACAUUGGACUACAAAUAUUUAUUUUAUAUAUUGUCACAACCUUCGCAGUUUUGGUAUAAAAACAAUAAAGUACGAAAACCCCA